GCAAAGAGAAGGGGGCGAGAGCGACACACAACGAGGCAGGGAGAGAGAGGGAGGAGAGAGAAUCUCCCUCGUUCGUACGUGCCCCUGAUCGGAUCUUCGAGUCCUCGUCGUAUUCGGAAACUAUGCAUCACUGAGAGAAAACCCCCGAAAAAACCCUAAGCCCCCCUCCCUUCCCCUCGCCGGAGCUCCCGAUCGGAACCCUAACCCUAGCUUCCGCCCGCCCCUAUGGCCUUCGCUGCCGAUUUCUCCUCAAUCCCUCACUCCCCCGGCUCCGCCCGUCCCUCCCGCGGCCCCUCCUUCCCGUGGACCCACGUCCUCCGCGGCGAUCCCGAGCCCGCCAUCGCCGUCGCGUCCCCCUCAUCUCCCCCGCCUUCGGCCGCCGCGAUCCUCCCGCCGGAGCCAUCCGAUCGCUCCCCUCCGGUGCCAUCCGAGAACGUGGCCUCAUCGUCCGGCACCGUUCCUCAGUCCUCGAUGCCAUCGGAUGAACCGGAGCACGGGUGCAACGGUAAUGCUGCGGCCUCCGCCUCCGUCUCCGUCUCCUCCUCCUCCUCCUCCUCCGCCGCCGCCGCCGCCCGAGGGAAGAAGCCUGCUUGGCAAAGGCCAUCCAACGGCUCGAUCGAGGUUGGUCCUGUCAUGGGGGCGGUGUCCUGGCCCCCUCUCUCCGAGUCCACCAAGGCCUCCCCCAAAUCGUCAUCCCCCAAUACUCUCAAGGGUUCUUCCGAUGGAACAGUCUCUGCUCCCCCUGGGCCCGUGAUAUCAACUCCUCCGAGGCCGAAUUCGAACAAUAUGAACCUGAAUUCGACCACAAACCAUGUCGCUUCUCCUGUUCGCCAGAAACCCAACAAGCGUGGUAGUGGCAGCGGAAGUAGCAGCGGUACACCGGUCAAUGGUGCGCCGGCACUACAAUCUCCGCCGCCGGCUUCGGCAGCGGCGACUCAGAUCACUCCAGACAGAGAGACCAUCCCAGAACCAUCUCCCGGAGACCUCCCCAGCAAGAGCAGCGGCAACAGCAACUGGGACCGUGGCACCAGGGGGGGUGGUUUCGCACCUCAGCAACAUGGUUGGAAUGAUCACCAUCGGGGUUACGGCGGCAACCGGCGGGGUGGCGGCGGCGGGUCCCACCGCGGCAGCUUUGGAAGCCGACGCGAUCAGGAUCGCGGGAGCUUCGUGUGGGGUCCUCGGGGUUUUGGCAGCAGAGAUGCCAGCGCGCAGCAGCGGGGUGUGCGACCGUACCCCAGACCGCCUCCGCCACCGUUUCUCAGCCCACCGCCCCAGGUCCGACCUUUUGGGAAUCCUGUCGGCUACCCUGAUAUGCCUUCUCCUGUGUACUAUGUGGCAACACCCCCACCUCCUGAGACUCUCAGUGGUUUGCCGUUUAUUGCUCAUCCAGCAGCAGCACCCCCUGCAGUGUUUUCCCCAGCGGCGAUAGAUCCUCAGCGCGCUAUGUUACUGAAGCAGAUAAAUUACUACUUCAGUUCUGAUAAUUUGUGCAAGGACAUUUACUUGCGGCGGAACAUGGACGAGCAGGGCUGGGUUCCUAUAACCUUGAUUGCUGGUUUCAACAGGGUCAAGCAAUUCACAAAUAACAUACAGUAUAUUUUGGAUACCAUACGGCUGUCGGAUGUAGUGGAAGUACAGGGUGAAAAAAUAAGGAAGCGCAAUGACUGGAUGAAUUGGGUGCUGCCCCCAUCUCCCAAUCAUUUUGGAACUGUUCCUGGCCUGCAGUCACCAGCAACAUCAGACUACGAUACCCUGGUGGCUCAGUUGCAAGCUGUUGAACUUGAAGGGGCAUCUAACCACAAUAGCAUGAGGGGCUCAACUCAUACUGAGGUAGUUCUUAUUAGAUCAGCAUCUGGGAAUUUGAAUAACCAGUUGCACGUGGUGGGCGAUCUUAGUGGAGAUGGAAAUGGGCAAGUCACUGGACACAUAAAUUCUGAUUAUUCCAAGUCAGGAAGAAGUCUAGUCAGGAGCGACACAUUAUAGGAAUCUGUUUUCGCCAGAGGAAGGUUAAAACGUGAGGGAGGGAGUCAACAGGAGAGGCAAAGUUUUAUUUUGCCAGGUAAGAUACUUGCUUUGUCCAAACAUGGAAGUGUUGUUUUCUCAGCUAAAAAAUUAUUAAAUAAAAAAUGAAAAUAAAAAAAAAGAAAGUGGAAGAUGGAAAAAGAAAAGAAAAGAAAAGAAAAGAAAAGAAAGACGAAGGUAGCCAGAGUUACAAGUAUGAGGUCAUAAUUUUGCUUGGGUAGAGUGGUGCUUGCUGAUGGUGAUAUCUCAUUACCAUGCUUGGUCACUGGGCUGUCCUUAAACUGUUGUCUUAAGGUCAUCUUUUUUGCUGUGAACCUCCAUUUUUUGGGGAGGAUUUUAACUUCAUCAUUUUGGGAUCUGAGGGCUGGAAUUCAUAACAUAUCUGCACUUCCUUGAGGACUUUUUUUCUUUUACCCUUUCUGUUUCGGUACAUCAGAACAUAUUCUCAUAUAUAUAGAGUUUUUUUUAUUAGUAGUUAAAGACUUA